AUGUCUUCGAGGACACAGGCGUGCACAACUCCACCCGGGCGGGAUCAGAAGCGCAGGCCGGGCCAUAGGGAGUGGGAAGCCUAUGACGAGAAGAACAAGAAAGCGACGAUGACCAACCCUACGACUACGAGUGAGAAAGGGUAUAGGACUAUUGACGACAACGAUUGUCCAAGAGAGAUCAAUACGACGGUGUUUCGCCAUCGAAAGACCAGUGGUGCUGCCUACUCGCAGAUUAUCCAUCUUGCUAGCCCGGCGGCAAGAUCCAAAACCAAGUCUCCUAUGAGCAAGUUACCCAACCAGUUAAUAUGA